AUGUGGCAUUGUGGACAAGUUGCUCAGGAUUUCAAUGGCGCAAUAAUCGUUCACCUCUACAAGCUGAAAGGGAACCGGCAACUCUGUGGCAAUCACAGAGCCAUUUCGCUACUCAGCAUAGCCGGGAAGAUCUUCACUCGCAUCCUCUUCAAUCGUCUCAGCGGCCGCAUAGAGCAAGGACGUCUGCCGGAAGCUAGCGUGGCCUCCGAUGACGCCGGGGCACGACCGACAUGGUGCGUGCCGCUUGUCAAUCACAGGAGGAGGAGAAGUGCCAAGAGAUGCAAACCCACCUCUACACUACCAUCGUGGAUCUGACGAAAGCCUUCGAUACGAUGAAUCGCGAGGGACUGUUAAAAAUCAUACAGAAAUCCGGCUGUCCUGAGCAACUCAUGAACAUGGCACGUCAGCCCCACGACGGUACGAUGAUGCGCGUCGCGGACAGCGGGCAAUCUUCGAGGGAUUCGCAGUGACUAAUAGAGUGAAGCAGCGCUGCGUACCCGUUCCCAUCCUUUUUAGCCUAGUGUUCUCUGGCAUGCUGAUGGACGCCUACCGUGAUGAGCAACCCGGAUAGGCAUCACCUAUGGAACUGACGGGCAUCUCGACAGCAGGCACAUGCAGGCUCGCACGCGAAUAUCGACUAACACGGUCCAGGAUGGUAGAGGGACGCACACCGAUAGUUUUUACGGAACUCACUCGUUCCGCUGUGUCCUACAGGCUCUCUUCGAGCCCAACCAGCAGCCGCACAGCGGCGCAUGAUAUAUAGGAGAAUAGUAUUACCGACAAAUACAAGGGAAACUAGAAUGGCCAUUUCUGGCUUAUUAGCCGUCGUCAGCCAGUCAUACCCAGCCCCGAAGUGUGGAACACGUGGCUCUCGAACUCACGACCUGUUAGUUAGAAGUCCAACGCCUUUAACCACUAGGCCACGGCUUGUUGUUUUGGUGUUCCACACCUCGUGGAUGGGUAUGACCGGCUAACGACGGUUACUAAGCCAGAAAUGGCAAUUCCAGGCUCCCUUGUCUUUGUCGGUAAUAAGGUUCUACGGUCCACGAUCUGCUCUUCGCCGGCGUCUGUGCCCUAAAACCUACGAUCGAAAAGAGCAUGGAAGGGGGCAUGAAUCUCUCCACCGCCGGCAGCGUCAAAUUCGGACCGACCAUCCGGUGCUGUGGCGCCAACCGUCACCGAGUGCUGGGUAAAACACUGCUUGGAUCACUGCUAACGGCAGCCAACUCAAAACCAUGGACAACUUCGUCUGUCUAGGAAGCACAUUCUCGUGGAAUAGGGACAUCGACGAUGAGGUUGUCCGUCGGCUCUUCAAAGUUAAAAAGUCAAAUUGGCUAAUACGGGUUUUCGGUAAGUCUUAGGCCAAUACAAUUACAUGAAGGAGUGAAAAUGUACAAAGUUAACAGUGUCUAUAGGUGUCGCAAGGGCAAUUAAGUCAUUAACAGUCAUCUUCUCCACGCCGCCGGCAUAACGCGGUCGGCGGAUUUUGGUCCUUAGAGCUGGGGGAGGGGGAUAAGCGAGUCUUUGAGUGAUGUUCUUGGAUUGAGUUCACGGAGUACCCAUCACUGUAAUCAGGGAUUUGAGGCGGCAUGUCGUCAUCACGUGAGGUUGGCGUUGGCCACGGCAGAGAGAGAGCGCUUGUGUCAGGGUUUUCUGACAGCAUAGCACCGGAUUCGCCAGCCGUAUAGCCACUGCCUCGGCCGUUGCUAGUAUCCGUUGGCGUAGGCCCUAAGAGAAGCUUGUUGGUGUCAGAUAGACAACCUGAAAUGCUUCCUUGGCAUCGACUCUGUGAUCCGUAUCGAUUAAAUGUGCGAGGGUCUCACCUCUGCCUAGCCAGGCGGGCAUAUGUUCAUGCACCCUCUUUGCCAGGCGUCACGUUGUGCGGCCGACGUAUCCCGCUCCACAGGAGCCUUCGUCCGGCCGCAAGCCUCCGUGUGGAAUGGUCAUGACCUUCAACAGAACACCAAACUGAAGAUGCACAAUGCUGUCGUUUUGACAGCACUCCUAUACGGAACAGAGACCUGGGUCGUCCACGCACGCCAUGCCAGGAAUCUCAACCGUUUUCUUCUAAACUGCCUUCGCAAAAUACUGAAGCAGAGAUAGCAGGACAGGACCCCGAACACGGAAGCCCUGGAGCGGAUCGGAAUCCUCAGCAUCCACGCCAAUCUGAGGCAACUGAAACUGCGAUGGAACGACCAUCUAGUAAAAGUGGAUGACGCUCGUCUAUUAAAACCACUCUUCUACAGAGAUAUCACCACGGAUACGCGUCGUCAAGGAGGACGAAAACCGCGCUACAAGGAUACUUUGAAGAAUUCUCCGAACCGACUGCAUAUCAACCCGGAGACCUGGAAGGACCUCACUCAGAAAAGACCGGCCUUGAGAGGAGGAUUUAAAACUGGCGCAGCCAUCUUCGAAGCAAACCUGAUCACCGUCGCCAAUGCCAAAAAGAAGGCUCGCAAAUAA